UUAGCGAGAAGGUAGAAGAGCAUCACCGCUUGUCUCAAACAAACAAUUCAUUAUUUAUUCAAAGAGAGGACUGUUUCGCCUUCCAUAAAAGGAACCAACACGGCACAAUGGAGGUGGAGGAUGCUCUGUCUGCCAAGUUCAGUACUCUGAUCGAAGGUCUCAUGGUGGCAACAACGGCACAAAUAGUUAAAAUGUUCAGCAAAGUCCUGACGGAAACCAGGGUGGAGAUAUGCAGGAACUGGAAAGAAAUCGACUCUUUAAAGCAGCAGCUGGAGGAGUGCGAGCUCCAGAAAACCGAGGCCAUCAUCAGAGCACAGAUGUUGUCUGAAUUGAAAAGAGAAACUGAUGAGGUGGAAGUUUCGUCUAUGGUAUCUCAGCCUGACGUACAGGACGCUUUUAGGCCACAGGCGCAGGGUUCUGAAGAAAGAACGGAGAUGGUCUCAGUGGAAAACAGAAGAGUCGGGGAGCGGUAUGCUAAAACCAGUGGACCAGUGACAGCCCAGUCAAGCAAUACAGGUGCAUCGUCUGCAGAAAUUGAGUGUAGCUGUGUAUCUAACAGCCCACCCCAGAGCCAGGAGACCCAUGGCACACAGACGGUUGUUCAUUCGGAAUUAGCUUGUCCAUCUACUAACACGUUGCAAGUAAAAGGAGAAAUUGCCUCGUCAAGCAAUCCCAAGAAUAAUACUGUUCCCAAGAGACCUUCAAGCACAGGCUUGUUAAAAGUUAACCCAAAGUCAAGGGACAUAAAACCAGCGGUGAAAAGAAGAUUAAUGAAAAAGCAUGCUAAUGACAUGGUUAACGUUGCUCGCGCUCUUCGAGACAGGCAGCACCUCACCAUGCACAGACGUUGCCUGUGUUGUACAUCGGACGAGUGCUACCUCCAGUCGAGCCCUGCCAGAGCCCACCACCAGGAGCCCACUGUGUACGUUUGCCGUAAAUGCGAGAAACGGUUUAAAACGCACAUCCUGUUUAAGAGGCACAAGUGCUCAAUGCCUCAAAUUUGUGACCGGUGUGAGCACACAUUCUUUACCAUGCAGGGGCUGUCCGCACACGGUCAGGAAGUCGAUCCUCCGUUCAUCUGCAGUCAAUGCGACCAGACAUUCGCCACCCAGUGUGCUUGGAACCUGCACAAAAGAAAACACCCCAAUGAUUCAUCUGCUCAGGACAGUAAAGAGAACGUUGUCGAUGUCAUAAAUGCACACAAGAACAUGAAAUCUCAGCUACAGGUUCGUCUUGAGAGAAUUUCCGACUCCCAGUUGGAGGCUGCUUUAUGCACGAAAAAUGAUUCUUUGCAUGACAACUCGACCAGUUGCGCCUGCAGAUCACAGGAAUCAGAGCCCGGUGUAGCAGGAACACUUUUAGAUUCAAGUGUUGAAGAGUCAACUGACAGGAGGGUAGAUGCAGUGAUGUCGACCUCCACUUGCCUAACUGAGUUAGGUGAAGAUGCACUUGGCCUACAGUCACCUGUCGCACAUGGAUUUAAUAAAGUGAAGGAUAAAGGAAGACAUAACAGUGGAAUGGAGGAGUCAGGGCUAUGUUCCUCUCCAAGAAAGCGUAAAAUAUCAGAUUGUUCUCAUGAUGCAUACAAUGGUGUGUUUCCUGUUGAAAAAAUUCUGAAAUCGAGGAAAAAUAAGGGAAAAAGUGAAGUUUGGGUCAAGUGGGUGCCGUGCUCAUUGUGUGGAGCAAAAUUUCAGAACACAUGGGAACCAGCAGAGAGCUUUCCGGACCUUUUGGAAGACUAGCGGAAGAAAAACGAAAAUGAAUUAAAAAAGUUAUAUUAUAUUGACCUUUUAUGAAAUCCUGUGUUUACACUAUAAGGAUGCACGAGUUGCUAUGCAGCUAAUUUAAUGAACGUUCUCUCCAUAUCAUUUCUGUUAUAUUAUAUUUUUUGAAACAGGUUCCAUUGCCAUUUCAAACUAAAUGACAGCUACCCUAUGUAGGUGUGUAAGGCGUUGUUACUUUAACUAAAGGGGUCUUAAGUGCCUGAGAUGAGAAACCUUUAUGUAGUUUUUCAUGUUGUUAUCGGUUAAUAAUUUAGUUUGUGAAUUUAAAUGAACUAUAUGCACCCAUUUAUAUUUUCACCUUUCUUAAUCUCACUUCAUUGUUUUAGAUGUUUGUGGUGAACCUUGCAUUACAUUUUCUCACCCAUCAAUUUAAUUUGACAGUGCUGUUGGCUAAAACGUUUGUGAUUUAUUGUCUUCAAAUGUAAAUGUUUAGUAGCAAAGCCCAGUUAAUGACUGCCUGCUCCAAACUUAAUGUGUUCACUGAUAAAUUCAGAAAUUGUUACAGCAAAAUUUUAUUAGUGUUCAAAGGUCAUGUUAAAUAUAAUGAUAUAACCAUUAGUUGACACAAUUUUUGUUGCAGGCUAAUAAAUUAAAGUGGUUUAUGUAUAAAAAUAUGCAUACAUUUCAAUAAACCGUUUUCAA